UUUGUGAAACAAAAAACCACCCUGUCAAGUUACCUUGUUAUCUCCAAUUUCCUUCUAGACUUAGUAUUUACUACCAUUUUUGCUCUUUGCUUAGUUUCUAUAUAUUCAAGCUUAAUACAACUCUAAAUCAUAAUAUUCAUCCACCAAACUUUUCAGGUUGCAGAACAGACCUGAACAAAACAAACCAUGGGAGAAUUGGAACUAGAAGAUUCCAGCAUCAACAAAACCGAACCACAACAGCCUCAGCCUCUGGACCCUGUCCCUGAAGAGCGGUCUGAUGUUCAGGAAAAUGAAUCAGAUAUUGUUCACCAGGAGGUUGAUCAACUGGUCACUUCUACACUUGAUGAUCAGAAUGAUCAUGCUGAUAAUAAGGAAACAGGAGACCAAGGUGAUAAAAAAGAUACUAAGGAUUCAACUGGCAAAGAUACUGGGCUUGCAAAAAUUGUAGCAGAGAAAAGAUUGGCUUUAAUCAAAGCAUGGGAAGAUAGUGAAAAGACAAAGGCGGAAAACAGGGCAUACAAGAAGCAAUCUGCUGUUGGAUUGUGGGAGGAAAGCAAGAAAGCAUCAAUAGAAGCACAACUCAAGAAAUAUGAGGAAAAUUUGGAAAGAAAGAAGGUUGAGUAUGUUUUAAGAAUGAAAAAUGACAUAGCUGAAAUCCAUCAGUAUGCUGAAGAGAAAAGGGCAAUUGUUGAGGCUCAAAAGAGGGAAGAAUUUCUUGACCUGGAAGAGACAGCUGCAAAGUUUCGUAGCCGUGGAGUUGCACCAAAGAAAUUUUUAGGAUGCUUUAGCAGUUAAGUUAUUUCAAAGCAAAUAAAAAGGACUGAGUUCUUGAUGGAUUGGUUACUUGGUGUUCAAUUAUGUGUACUUUUAAAAUGUGGUUUGAACUGUUGUUAUGCACCAUCUGUUUCUAUAUGUAUUGUUUGAGUUAUAACAAAGAAUUUCACGUUUCACAA